AUGUCGGAGGAGACUCUGGAGACUCCUUGUAAAAAAUGCAAGGAUAGAGUACUAACUAACCACGAGUAUGUUGUUUCAGAACGGCUGAACGUGCUAUAUGAACGUAAUUGGACAAGACUGGUCCAUGAACAAUUACGCAAAUUCGAAUCGUCAAUAGUUGCAGCGGCGAGGCAAUCUGACGCCCAACCCGCUGAGCUGGCACUAGACACCAAAUGGACCUUCUCCGGAUCACUGAUAUAUUGCAUAACGCUCAUCACUACUAUAGGAUACGGCAACGUUUCCCCGCGAACAUCUGCUGGCAGAGCAGCGACAGUAGCGUAUGCGGCGGCUGGCGUGCCAUUAACCUUGGCUUGCUUAGCAGGCCUAGGAGCAUCUUUGGCAAGAUUAGCAAGACUAGCCUGGCUGCGAGCAACUAAAAAUAAAGUACCUAAUACUUGGAGAAAAGAUGGCGAGCUAGAGAAUCACUUUCAAUUACACGAGCAGCAACGUCUUCUACCACAACCAGCAGAACAUAACCAGUACACUUCGUUUCCUCCGCGAAUGCAUAAAUCACCGGGAAUUGUGAAAACGAGAGCUGGUGAUAGGGGACAGUAUUCACAGGUCUUUGAAAAAGCACCAAUGAGUCCUAGAGCUGCGACCUUGGGGAGAGUGAAGCGAAAUGCUUUAUCUGAUGAACCACAAACAUCAUCAGCACUCCAAACACAAACACUCGAUCGUAAGCGUGCAGCAAAUAAUAUAAAAUGUCUCGCAACAGUACAUGGGCCUUCACGAGGCAGAGGGAGAGGUACUAUACAGAGACCUCGAGGUGCGGCGAUAGAACAGCUGAUAGCUGAAGAAUGCGGGGAAAUUUUCAUUAAUCGGAGUCAAGAAGAUCUAGAUGAUUCGGAGGAUCCCGAUGAAGGAAUAUGCCCACAUGAUACACCGUCAAGAGUGCCUUUGAUAUGGAGUGAAGAUAAUCACAAGAUGAAGAGUUGUGCUGUACCUAGCAGCAGUGCUUCCACCAGCGUACAACACCAGAAUCAUAGUCUAGAACAUUGUCACAUACCUGUUGGAAUUGUACUGUUCCUUCUCUUAGCGUAUAUAGCCGUAGGAGCUGCCAUUUUCUCAGUAUGGGAAAAUUGGAGUUUUCUUGAUGCUGCCUAUUUCUGCUUCAUAGCUUUAGCUACUAUUGGUUUCGGAGACUUCGUCCCAACCAGUUUCCUGACCUUAAAGAAUAGUGCCGAGAAUUCAAAGAGCGAAUACAUUCAAAUGAUCGCGUGUUGUGCAUAUCUUGUAUUUGGACUCAUAUUGAUAGCUAUGGCGUUUAGUCUUCUACAGGACGAAGUAGUCGCUCGGUGUACGCAAUUAGCCAAUAGUUUAGGUCUUACCCGACAAUGACAAUAUGAGAAGAGCGAUUGUAGCUCAACAGAUAAUCAUUUGAGGAU